CUUCUAGAAGUUCUACUCUAAAUAGAACUUGUGAUUCAUUCUUCCGGAAGUUCUGGUAUACGAUUUUUUUAAAGGGAAAACAAAAGUGAUAGCUAUACUGAUACUUCACCAAAAUAAAUUCGUUUGAAGACAUUACACUGGAUGGCGUCACAUCAUGUGCUCGUACCAGCUUGAUGUACACACUCCACCCCCAGCUGUUCUGUGGCACUGUGUUAACGUUGCUGGUUGGAUCUCACGUUUCUUUGGCUCGAAUUUUAUUUUCUAUACAAAGGAUAUCUUUUGUAAUCAUGAGUAUCCUGGCCAAAGGAGGUACUGAGGGGCCUGGCUUCAUUGGAAUCCGAUUCUGUCAAGAAUGCAACAACAUGUUAUAUCCCCGAGAAGACAAGGAGAACAAGAUCUUGCUGUAUGCCUGUCGAAAUUGUGACUAUAAAAUGCCAACCGAAAACAAUUGUAUUUAUGUCAACAAACUUAUGCAUGAAAUUGAUGAGCUACGACACAUCAACCCAGAAGUUGUACAGGACCCCACAUUGCCUCGCACGGAUGACCAUCCUUGCCCUCGCUGUAACUCACGUGAUGCCGUGUUCUUUCAAGCACAGACAAGGAGAGCUGAAGAUGAAAUGAGACUGUAUUAUGUCUGCUGCAAUACAGAAUGUACCCACCGCUGGACUGAGUGAAUUACUAGUAUUUUAGGAUUGUUUACCAUAUACUCAGCUUAUUUUGUCUACAUAUAUAGGGUAGUUAGUUUUAUGUAUGUUGUCACAGGAAUGGGGUCAAAUAUGUAUGCCCAAAUACAAAUAGAAUAUAAAUACAGUACUGUAAUCCAGAAAAAAAAUCAAAUAUUUAUUUUUGGACUCCAUCUAAUACAAUUAAUUCCAAUUACAAAUACCCUGUAUAGAGGUACAGUACAGUUGUUUUACCCUAAUUUUGGAAUUGUUUUCCAGGCUCUACUUCCAGCUUUAUGGCUUAAAUUAAAUAUAAUUGGCCAUAUUUGUCAGUUUAAAAUUUCAUACCAUAAUUAUCUCCUGUAACAUUAAUAAAUAUUGAUGCAAUUUAAUUUAGGUAAUUUUUUUUUGUGUGAGUGAAUGCCUACACAAUGGUCAUGAGGCACAAUAUUCUAUUUCUUUUUCCCAUUUGAUGUGCUCGUAGGCUUGUGCCUGGAGUUGUGUUGUAUUUUUUAUGUAUACAUUGAAUUUCUAUGCUCUCCGAGCUAAAUUAAAAUAAUUUAACAACUA